ACCAGUAUGCCAGUUUCUUGUUCGUGUGUUAUGUCUAAGUGUUUUAUGUUUAAGUGCAGUUAACAAAAAAUGUUUUAAUUCAGCAAGUACUAACGCUCUAAUAACUGUUAAAGCGACGAUUUGCCAGAUAACUUAUAUCAACUUAUUCAAAACGAAGUUGCAAACACGUUGAAAAUGGAAUCAAUGUCUCUAACGUUACCCCAAAUAAAUACAGACGACCCACGUCUGAAGCUUAAAGUGGAACAUAGAAUGAAAAACAUAUUUGUGACGCAAGUAGAAGAUGCAAGAGAGGAAGACAAUGAAAAUGCUAACUUCAUCCCAAUAAUAACUGAGGCAUCUAGUAAGCUUCUGGAGACAGGAGUGAACACUCUGCAGAGGACCUUGGUGCUGAAGAAGCGAGUGCAGGUUGAUGAGGCGGACAGGGAACUGGCCCUUAAACGACAGGAGAUCAGGGAACGCUUGCUGGCCCUAGGACACCGGCGAGCGGAGUUCGAGCACAAGCAGCAGGCAAGCAAAGACAGGUCGGGAAAGUUUGAGAAGUUUGUCCAGGACAACGAGGCAAAGCGGCGUCGGGCUCAAAGGAAAUACCUCGCGGAGAGGAAGCAGAAUGAGCUGAAAGAAACUGAGAUAGGGGAGCUUCAGCAACAGCUUCAGAAACUGCAGGCCAGGCAGUGUCAUUUAAAGGAGACGGUGAACAAAUACAAGGCAUACGAAAACUACCUGCUCUUGGUUUUAGACCGGCUUCCUGAAAAUUACCUGCAGUACGGAGGGGAAUCACAAGUCCUGCCUGUAAUCCGCCGUCGGGAAACCCUGUCCGUCACUCACCAGGACCUCCUGGAGCGGCUCGGCCGGCUGGUGGACGAGCUGGAGAGCAGUCAGCGCAGCCUGGAGACUCUGAAGCAGGAGCACGACACCAACAAGCUGAUGACAAACAGGAAGCUGUACGAACUGCAGAACCAAUGGGACAGAAUCAGAGAGAGGAAUAAGGAAAUGGAGAUGAACCUACAUUUGCACCAAGGACAAUCUCGAGACCAGACUGAAGAGCUCGGGAGUGUCUUCAUAGCCAUCCAGAAUAUGGGGGAGCAGUGUCAUUCACAGCAGUAUGGGCCAAUCGAGAACAUGAGCAUCUUACACAUGAUGGAUAUGAUAAAGGAGUUUCUUCACGAGAAAGCAGACGUGGCGAAAAGGGCAAUGCUUCUGACAGAUUCUGUAGUUGCGAGCUUCACGGAGCUCACAGGAGUCCGGGAGAAGGGAUCUGCAGCGGUGAAAAGCAACAGCAAAACACAGCUGAAGAGCUCAAGCAAAAGCAGCUGUAAAAGUAGCCUCUAUGCUGGAUCACUGUUGAAGAUGUAAACCUAACCUGUGCUUAGUUUACUGAGUUGACUGACUGAAGCCCUCAGGAUUUAUGGCAUUCUCUUUGGAAGGGAAAGCAUCUCCUGACAAAUAUUUUGUCCAUAUAAUUUCAUUAGUACUGUACAGAUAAGUGAUAGUUUUGAGAUAUACUUGAAGUUUUAGUUUUUUGCUCUUAAUUCUUAAAAAGAAAUUUGAGGAUAUUUGUGAUAUGGGUCAGUCACCUCAAUUAUGUAUUUAUUUGAAACCAUAAUUUGAAUUAAAUGUGCUAAAUGAAAAAUAAAUGUAUUUUUGUCUUGUUAUUGA